AAUUUAUUCCCCAGGCUUUUGGAAUGCCCUUGUCCCAAGUCAUUGCUAAUGACCGGGCCUACAAGCUCAAGCAAGACUCUCAGAGAGAAGAGCAAAAAGAUGUUUCAGAUUUUGUGGCCUUUCUCUUGCCGUUUGGAACUAAAAGGCAGAACAAGGAACUUUCAAGCAGUAACUCAUCUCUUAGUUCAACCUCUGAAACACCAAACGAAUCCACUUCUCCUAACACACCCGAGCCAGCGCCACGAGCAAGGAGACGCGGCGCGAUGUCUGUGGACUCUAUUACGGAUCUUGAUGACAAUCAGUCACGAUUGUUAGAGGCUCUCCAGCUCUCUCUGCCAGCAGAAGCCCAGAGCAAGAAAGAAAAGGCAAGAGAUAAGAAACUAAGCCUGAACCCUAUUUACAGGCAGGUUCCCCGGCUUGUAGAUAGUUGCUGCCAGCACUUGGAAAAGCAUGGUCUCCAGACAGUAGGAAUAUUCAGAGUUGGAAGCUCAAAAAAGAGAGUAAGACAGUUGCGUGAAGAGUUUGACCGGGGCAUAGAUGUUGUAUUAGAUGAAGAGCACAGCAUUCAUGAUGUUGCUGCUUUGUUAAAGGAAUUUCUGCGUGACAUGCCUGACCCGCUUCUCACCAGAGAACUCUAUACAGCUUUCAUCAACACUCUCUUAUUAGAGCCAGAUGAACAGCUAAGCACUUUACAGCUUCUCAUUUAUCUUCUACCUCCCUGUAACUGCGAUACCCUACACCGGCUGCUGCAGUUCCUCUCCACAGUGGCUGGCCACGCAGAAGACACCACAGACAAAGAUGGCCAAGAAAUUACUGGGAACAAAAUGACAUCACUUAACCUGGCUACCAUCUUUGGCCCUAACUUGUUGCACAAGCAGAAAUCUACAGACAAAGAAUUCUCAGUUCAAAGUUCAGCUCGAGCUGAAGAGAGUACUGCUAUCAUUGCUGUCGUACAAAAGAUGAUUGAAAAUUAUGAAGCCCUUUUCAUGGUUUCCCCUGACCUACAGAAUGAAGUGCUUAUUAGCCUAUUAGAGACUGACCCAGAUGUUGUGGACUAUUUGUUGAGGAGGAAAGCUUCCCAGUCAUCGAGCCCUGAGAUGCUGCGGUCAGAAGGUUCCUACUCCACAGGAGGAAGACAUUCUUCCACAGACUCCAACAAAGCUUCGAGCGGAGAUGUCUCCCCUUACGACAACAACUCCCCGGUACUAUCUGAGCGCUCCCUGAUGGCAAUGCAAGAAGAAGUUGCCCGCAGCCCAGAUAAGCUGUACAAGGUACCUGAACAGUACACGCUGGUUGGACAUUUGCAGCCUAAGACAAAGGAGAGUUCUUCUGCAUCACAGGCAAGAAAAGAUGUUUCCGAAGAUCAUUUUGAUAUCUGGGGCACCUGGCAUUCAACGCUGAAAAGUGGCUGCAAAGAUCCAGCAAUGACAGGUUCUUACGGGAACAUUUACGAAAGCAGCUUGCUGCAGCCCGGACAGUGCUCUCUUUCCCAGGGGAACCUCGCUGUGUAUUCUCCUCGGUGGCAGGGCAGCUCCUCCGAACUGGACCCCGGCAGACAGGUCAUGCGAAGGAGCCAGACGACUGCUGCCAUUCCCGAGUGUCAGCUCCAGCCCACGGUGUCUCGGCUGUGCAGUAACCUGCAAAUGGAGGUCGGCAGUAGGAGUUCAGACCUAUCGCACUCAAAGUCGGAGCAGCACUUGACUUUAAGCAGUGUGGAGGACCUCAGUGAACGUGACUCCAACGCGGGUUGUUCACAAAGCACAGCCAAGCCCUCCUACAGAAAAGAGCGGCCACCACCUCCUUACCCAGGUCCAGCAAAAACAAGCUCUGCAUUGUCACAGCGAUCGAGUGUUUCUUCAACGUUACACUCUUUGUGGAGAUUUCAACGCCAAGAAAAAAGUUCAGGGACCAGGGCAGCUGGAGGACCACCAGCCAAAGCCCCUGAGCAGGCCAUCUCCAGGCAGGAGCGACCGGCCCCGCACACCCAGACAGGUCGCAUCUGUUCCACGUCUCCUCACAGUCAGAACAGUAAAAAUGUUUCAGAGGCAGACUGGCAUGAUUGGCAAAGGGAGAGGUGGCAGAUUUGGGAGCUGUUAUCGGCUGAUAACCCUGAUGCCCUCCCAGAAACCCUUGUAUGA